GGGUAUAUAAAUAAACCUCUUACAAACAAAGGUAUGGUCCAUUCCAAAAAUAAAGCGGAUUCCAGUUUUGAAAGCUUAGUGUGUGUAAUGGCCAUGGCUGGAGCAACCACGAAAAUUCCGAUGAGUGGCCGGCUUUUGAUGUGUGAGAAUUACAAAUAUGAGAGUUCCGGUGAGCCCGGAAUGAACUUGUCGGACACUGUUUUUGAAUUUUUCGAUGAGAGUUACGCAGGGUCGCCGGAAAGUACUGACGGUCGUGAUUACGGUGAGAAUGAAGAAAUUGAUGAAGAGGAAGAGGAAGAAAGUAGUAGGAAUGUUGAAGAUGACAGGGGCUUCUGGGAAACUCAACCCCAACUUCUUCACGACACCUUGUUUAGGAGUAGCUCUUUGGAAUCAAGGAUCCGAAGAGCUACGAAGGAAGCACUAAAAGAAGCGCAAAUGGCCGGCAACUUGUGUGUUUGCCGGAGACCGGUUGCUGGUGGUUGCCGGAAUUGCCUUAUGAGAGUGAUAUGUGGCCACCUUAGGAAUGCCGGUUUCAACAGUGCCAUUUGCAAGUCUAAGUGGAGGAGUUCUCCGUAUAUCCCAUCAGGUGAACACACAUUUUUAGAUGUUGUGGACAAUCCAAGUUCAAAGAAAGGAGAGAUCAGAGUCAUGAUCGAGUUGAAUUUUCGCGCUGAAUUCGAAAUUUCAAGAGCAAGCGAAGAAUACAAGCUACUGAUCGAAAAGCUCCCAGAAGUAUUUGUUGGAAAAGUGGAAAGGCUACAAAAUCUGAUCAAGAUCUUGUGCUCUGCUGCCAAGAAGUGCAUGAAAGAGAACAAAAUGCACAUGGCUCCUUGGAGGAAGCACAAGUACAUGCAAGCCAAGUGGCUGAGCGCCUCCUGCGAAAGGACGGCGGCUCAGCCUCUAGUGGUAGCGGCCAGAUUUCCUGGCCGAACAGCUGGCGCCGCCAAACCGAGGGCGUCGAUGCUGACUGUAGAUUUGAUGGAUAAUAUGCCCAACAUGAUUAGGACUGUAGUUGAAGUUGUGUGAUUGUAGGUCUUGUCAUUUUUGCCUUUUUGUCCUGUUAUUUUGCUUGAGUAACUCAAAUUGAUCGAGGCAUUUGGUGCAACGAUUACAUGCUAGUCCUCUUGUGUUCUCUAAAAGGGUUACCUGCCUAAGAGCAAGUUUACUAGUCACUAGCAAAAAAUGCUAGUGAACAGUGCAAGUUCAAAGAAAGGAGAGAUCAGAGUCAUGAUCGAGUUGAAUUUUCGCUCUGAAUUCGAAAUUUCAAGAGCAAGCGAAGAAUACAAGCUACUGAUCAAAAAGCUCCCAGAAGUAUUUGUUGGAAAAGUGGAAAGGCUACAAAAUCUGAUCAAGAUCUUGUGCUCUGCUGCCAAGAAGUGCAUGAAAGAGAACAAAAUGCACAUGGCUCCUUGGAGGAAGCACAAGUACAUGCAAACCAAGUGGUUGAGCGCCUCCUGCGAAAGGACGGCGGCUCAGCCUCUAGUGGCAGCGGCCGGAUUUCCUGGCCGAACAACCGCCGCCGCCAGGCCGAGGGUGUCGAUGCUGACCGUAGAUUUGAUGGAUAAUAUGCCCAACAUGAUUAGGACUGUAGUUGAAGUUGUGUGAUUGUAGGUCUUGUCGUUUUUGCCUUUUUGUCUUGUUAUUUCGCUUGAGUAACUCAAAUUGACCGAGGAAUUUGGUGCAA